AACUACGACCCCGCGCUUAUGCAAAUCCAACAUGGUCAAAAUGCUGUAAGGCUGGAUUGCUAACAACAAAGUGCCUACUGAGAGACUGUAAAAGCGACCUUGCCAUCGUCCUCAUAUCCAGAAUUGAGGAUUUGACACCACGACUGAGUAACCAAUAUGCCGUCCCUUAACCCAACACAUAUUAACGAUACACAUUGGCAGCACGGCCAUGUCUUUGUAGACGAUGACCGAGAAGUUCGAAUACAUUGGAUCGACUGCCCGUCGCUCGGCGAGAAAGAAAAGGGCGUCAUCCAACUCAUUCAUGGCUACCCCAACACCUCUUACCAAUGGCGACAUGUCAUCACCCCUUUUGCCAAAGCUGGGUACAGGGUGAUUGCAUGCGACUAUCGCGGAGCCGGAGACUCAUCACACCCCAAAUUAGGAUACGACAAGGUCACGAUAGCAGAUGACUUGUACAAAGUCGCCCACGAUCACCUAGGCAUAACAUCACCCGUUCAUAUCGUCGGCCAGGACAUCGGCGGCAUGAUCGCCCACGCCUACGCAGCUUCCCAUGCGGAUCACACCAAGUCAGUGAUGUUUGGUGAAUGCCCCUUACCAGGCGCGAGACCCUACGAGUCUGGCUUCAAGAACUCCCCGGGCAUGUGGCACUUCACUUUCCAACAACAACUGGAUCUCCCCGAACUACUCACCCAGGGCAAAGAGAAGAUCUACAUCAAGCACUUCUAUGACCGCCUCGCUUUCAAUCCCAACGGCAUCACGCCACGGGAUGUAGAUCACUAUGCAGCCAGUUUCGCCCAACCAGGUGGCAUGAGGGCUGGAUUCGAGCUCUACCGCGCCUUUCCCCAAGAUGCUAAGGACAACCAGGCGAUGAAGAAGAAAGACGGCCAGUUGAAGAUGCCUUCAGCCGCUUUGUGCGGGGAGAUGAGUUUGUUGCUUGAGGUCGCGGAGGAGCAGACGAAUGAGUUUUACGAGAACGUAGAGGUUGUGACGGUGGAUAAGAGUGGACACUGGACUGCUGAGGAGAAUCCUAAGGACUUUGUAGAGAAGGUGCUGAUGUUUGUCGAAAAGCAUAACUGAGAGAAUGAAUUCACAUCAUUGAGGCGUCGAGUCCUUGAUAAGUUU